AUGUCUCCCAUGAGCGCUACUGGAGCAAUCACCAUAUGCUCAGUCGUCUUCCUAUCGCGUCUCAAAUGGGCAUGGGGCAUGAAAUAUGACAUCAUCCAGAUGGAUCAAGACUCCAACACGAUACCGCUCCGUCAUGAUUGGCGUGAUUUGUUUGAAUCUGACAGGUGGGCUCUAAUGCCCUCAACUGAUAUAAUCGACAAGCUGUGGGAUCGUUGGGUCAGGUUUGAUCCCCGGGACGGCCAUGUUCCAUCGAUCGAGGAUAUUUACGACGGCGCGGAGAUCUUCGAGUACUGUCUCGUGCCGCUAUUUCCCGAUGUUCCUUCCAUCUCCCGUCGCAACAAAGUUGAAGAUGCUCUCAAAGGCGAUGAAUAUUCGGGCAACUCUGUUCACGUGAAUCCAUUCGACACUCUGCCCCCUAUUUUCUCAAAAAUCAGGCCUCACUUCGUGGUAUACGAUGCUGGCAGGAAAAUCGACUCGAUUUCUCUUCAGACUUACAGGACUACUUCUGAUAUUGCUCGUAUCUAUGGAGUCUCUCAGGAAAAGGCUGAACGUGUGACGACAGUGGUGUAUGCAACAUAUUGCACAUGGAGCAACCACGUCCACCCUGCGACGUUUGUGAUUUGA